UUAUACGCUUAAAAAGUUACAAACAGUCCCUUUAAAUUUCCUUCUUUCGUUGCAUGCAGCUUUGUAAAAGUCCUUGCGGCUUUUGUAGCUUAACUAGCAAUCCCUCGUCUCUCCUCACCUAAAAUUGUGUGGUUUGUCUGAGACCUCCCGGGACCAGGCAGAACCAUCACGAGGGCCACUGCUGGCCCCCGAGCUGUAUUUAUUUCUAUUUAGAGUAAAAAAAAAAAAACUCUUACAAUUUAGACUUUUUAAAUUUUAUUUUAAUUUUUUAUUUUACAACAUGUCCACUGUAGUGCACCAUAGGACGAUUUUAAUGUGAAACGACAGCCGAACUGUGAAGAACGAAGACAAAAAAAAUAACAGAUUAUGGCUGUAGAGUGAUUUAAUACCAAGAAUACAUUCAACUUGUUUAAAAAUACAAAAUAUAUCAUUCUGGUUUAUUUCACCUGCUUGUUUGUUUCAAGGGCUGGGUCUCAAGAGCAUAAACUUAUAAAUUGAAUUUUAAAUGCUUAAAGUAAUAUAAAAUAGUCUAAACAGUGGUGUGAGAUAAAUAUUUGUUUUGCUACUGUAUGGUAAUAAUAUUUGUCAACCCAUUUUACAGGGAUCAACUCUAAAAGGGGUAGCGAUGAGUCGUUAUUUUAAAAUAGCUUUAUUUUUAAACAGUAUAGGCUAGAAUACACCACUUCACUGGAAACAACUGGACUUUUUUUUAAUAAAAAAAUACAACAUAUUCAUGCAAAGCAAGAUUUAGACGCUCGGUAGGCUAAAUGACUUAUUAAGACUGAUAUUUUUUGCAGUGCAGAAUGAGCAGCUUACAGUGUCUGACAGCAGGUUAAAGGUAGCCUAAAUUAGGCCUAUAGUCAUUAUACAGGCUAUAGAAACCUGCCCUUCUAUCCUAGAUUGUCCUAAAUGACAAUAAAUAUGAUAUUACAAUGUACCACUUGAUACUGGACGCUGACAUGAUGGUUAACAGAGGCUGUAGGCUCAUGACAGGAAUUUUAAAAAAGUCCCUUUGGUGGAGUUUAGGGUGCAACCAGAAGGUGUCUCCUGGAGCAUACUCCAAAGUAUUUCACUCUAUAAGUCUGUUGAAUAGCUCACCAGUCUGGUGUGUAGAAAACUCACCACUGUGUGAUUAUUUUUGUGAUAUCAUGAGGAUGUGUAAUUUAUCAAAUUGUUUACGAUACAAGCUGCUUGUAAUUAUGCAGAGCACAUCCCAGACUGUGUGCCGUUUGAGGACUACAGGUAUUUAAUCAACUGAAAGGAAAGGACUUUAUUCAUAAACAAGCUGAGGGGGAUAUUAUUGAUAAGAGGAAAUAAUUCAAUUGGUAAUGCAAUGGAAAUAAUUAGUUUUUAAAAAAUCUUAUUUCCCCCUUCUUCUAUUAAUAAUAGUAAUAAAUAAGUUUUGUGAAAUCAACAUAAGGAUGCUGGUACCAUUAUCUAUUUGGCAUAAUCUUACUUUAUAAAUAAGUAAAUGGGUAAAUAAGUUUAUUUACUAACUGCUUACAGAAGGUUUAUAACUUGUAACGAAUGUUUCAUUAUUUGUUAAUGAAUUAUUUCUGUUCAUUAACAUUAUUUUCCAACAUAAGUUGCUUUAUAGUUUCUUUAAUUCACCAGGAUGUACUCCAAUGUACUGUUUGACCACUUACGUCUUGGAAAAUAGCUGCAGAGCAUUCAAAAAUCGAUGUAUGAACAAUUUAUGAAAAUUUACAACCCCAAACAUGAUGAAUUUAUUCAGUAGUGCAGACUGUAGUUUAAAGAGACAGGUUUACAGUUUCUGUCUUUCUGUUUGGUGUUAAUAAACAUAUUUAAUAUAAACCAGUUCAGACUUUUAAUUUUAAAUAUUAUUAUAUAUUAAUAUGUAUUUAUUCUGUAGUGCAUGUGCCUUCAUGUUUGGUGUUAAUAAACAUAUCUAAUAUAAACUAUUUAGUUUAGACUUUUAUUUGUUUCAUUUCAGAUUGACUGAAGCUUUUAUUUUGUGACUCUGACAGGAAGUAGUAGCUGUCAUUGUGUUACAUUGAUUGUGAUCCGGAGUCAGUCGUAGGUGUUUUCCGUGAGGAGCUUCAGUUCGUGUCGGCGGCUUUUUGUUUGUUUAUUUGUUUGCUGACGUCACUGUGGUGCUGCAAAGAACUACGUCAAUUUAACGACACACGGAGCGGCACGAGGACAAGGAGCAGGACUAGGACCAGGACCAGUUUCCCCCAGUGUCGUCCCAGUACUCCCACCAUGAGUGUGCAGCCCCGGAGGAUCCGUCUGAAGCCCUGGUUGUUGGCGCAGGUGAACAGCGGCAGGUAUCCCGGUCUGCAGUGGCUCAGCUCAGAACACAGACUCUUCCAGAUCCCCUGGAAACACGCUACACGCCACACGCCAGCGUCAGACGAGGAAAACACCAUCUUCAAGGCGUGGGCUCUGGAGACGGGUAAAUACCAGGAAGGUGUGGAUGAACCCGAUCCGGCUAAGUGGAAAGCAAACCUUCGCUGUGCUCUGAACAAAAGCCGAGAGUUUCAGCUGAAAUAUGACGGCACGAAAGAAACUCCGGUCCAACCGUACAAGAUCUACGAGGUCUGCGAGCAGAUCGGGAUCACAGACGGUGCUGAUGAUGAGGACGAAGAGGUGAGGAGCACAACGUGUAAACAAUACAAACACAACACUUCACAUUUUUAUCACCUGACUGACAAUCUGUUUUAUUCUCAGAUGCCCAAUCUGAUGGAGCUCACAAUCAACCCCAGGAUCUGUGACCCCUCCUCCUUCAGCUCCUUCCCAGCUCAUUCAGAGGCCAUGUUUGGACAUGUAAUCCCCAUGACCUCUGACCUCCCCAUGGUCUCUGACCUCCCCAUGACCUCGGACCUCCCCAUGACCUCGGACCUCCGGGCUCAGGGUCGGAUGGUGAACCAGGGGAGCUUCGUCCAUCCUGCAGGACUCUCUAACGGACUACCGGACCUGAAUGCUCUGCCCCCCCCGGCUGCCUCUGCUCCCCAAGGGCCGGCCCAGAUGGAGGCCAGCAGCAUGGGGGACGUCCAGGACCAGGGGGACGUCCAGAACCACCAAACCUGCAAGUACGACCUGCUGAGCAGCGUCCCAUUAACAGAUCUGGACCUGAGGUUCCAGUAUCGGGGCCGGACGGCGGGCUCUCUGACCGUCAGUAACCCUCAGGGCUGCCGGCUGUACUACGGACACCUGGAGCCGACCCCGGAGCAGGUGGACCUGUUUGGACCCGUCACCCUGCAGCAGGUCUUGUUCCCGGGGACGUCUGAGGUUCAGAACCAGAAGCAGAAAUUCUACACCGAGGCCCUGCUGGACGUCAUGGACCGCGGUCUGAUCCUGGAGAUCUGGGAGCAAGACAUCUACGCCGUCCGUCUCUGUCAGUGCAAGGUGUUCUGGUCCGGACCCGGCGUGCCCGAGCACGGUCCACCCAACCCCCUGGAGAGGGAGAAGAAGAUCAAGGUGUUCAGCCUCAACGACUUCCUGCAAGGCCUGAUCCUGUUCCAGAGAGGGGAAGCUCAGAACCCGCCACCUUUCGAGAUUUACUUCUGUUUCGGGGAGGACUGGCCCGACAAGAAACCCAAAGAGAAGAAACUCAUCAUCGUCCAGGUGGUUCCUGUGGUGGCUCGGAUCCUGAGAGAGAUGUUCUCUGGAGAACUCAACUGGUCCACCGACAGCAUCCGGCUGCAGAUCUCAAAUCCUGACGUGAAGGACCAGACGGUGGAGCAGUUCAAGGAGCUGCAGAGGCUCCUGCAGAGCCAACACAUCCAGGGGCCCUGGACCCCCAAUGUCCCCUGAUCGACACAUAUAGGGGCCCUGGAUCCCCAACGUCCCCUGAUCCACACAUCUAGGGGCCCUGGACCCCCAAUGUUCCCUUGAUCGACACAUCCAGGGGCCCUGGACCCCCAACGUCCCCUGAUCGACACAUCCAGGGGCACUGGACCCACAACGUCCCCUGAUCCACACAUCCAGGGGCACUGGACCCACAACGUCCCCUGAUCGACACAUCCAGGGGCACUGGACCCACAACGUCCCCUGAUCGACACAUCCAGGGGCACUGGACCCCCAACGUCCCCUGAUCCACACAUCCAGGGGCCCUGGACCCCCAACGUCCCCUGAUCCACACAUCUAGGGGCCCUGGACCCCCAAUGUUCCCUUGAUCGACACAUCCAGGGGCACUGGACCCACAACGUCCCCUGAUCGACACAUCCAGGGGCACUGGACCCACAACGUCCCCUGAUCGACACAUCCAGGGGCACUGGACCCACGACGUCCCCUGAUCGACACAUCCAGGGGCACUGGACCCCCGACGUCCCCUGAUCGACACAUCCAGGGGCACUGGACCCCCGACGUCCCCUGAUCGACACAUCCAAGGGCACUGGACCCACGACGUCCCCUGAUCGACACAUCCAAGGGCACUGGACCCACGACGUCCCCUGAUCGACACAUCCAGGGGCACUGGACCCACGACGUCCCCUGAUCGACACAUCCAGGGGCACUGGACCCCCGACGUCCCCUGAUCGACACAUCCAGGGGCACUGGACCCCCGACGUCCCCUGAUCGACACAUCCAGGGGCACUGGACCCCCGACGUCCCCUGAUCCACACAUCCAGGGGCACUGGACCCACGACGUCCCCUGAUCGAC